AUGGCAACCACUACACGAAGUAAAUAUAAACAAAUGCUUAAAGAAGCAAAGAAAUUGGAAGAGAGAAACUUAGCACAAGAAAUAACAGAAGAAAUAAUUCAAGAAAGUGAAAGUGAUUCCGACUAUGAAGAUGAAACAGAUAUUCAAUCUGAAAAUAGUUGUGCUAACAGUACAAAUAAUACUAAAACUAUUUGUCAAAUUGAAGGUUAUGAGAAAAUACUUACAUGGUGUGAUUCUUCAAGUUCAAUGAAAAUACAUUUGUUAGAUUCUCAUAAUAUUACUAAAGCUAUUGCAAUAAAAUAUAAUAAAAAAGAAUUAACAUGCAAUUCUCAACAAUCUGAUGAAAUUAAACCAUAUCAUCCUUCUAAACAA